UGUAUGUCACAUGUAGAUCAGUUUCUUGAAGUGACAUUUGACACCCAUGAAAGGCAGCUUUCUGCCUCAAGUGAGUCAGGUGACCACGCCGUUUGAUACAGUCCCAAGCUGAGAUCCCGUCUGCCUACAGUGUGGAAGCACAGGAGUCAAGAUGACGUUCAUCGCCAAGACCUUCUACGACCUGAGGGCCACCACGUUGGAGGGAGACUCUGUGGACUUUAAUGUAUUCAGGGGACGGGUGGUCCUGAUAGAGAAUGUGGCCUCGCUCUGAGGCACCACCACCCGGGACUUCAGCGAGCUCAACCAGCUUCAGAGCAAGUACCCCCAUCGGCUGGUGGUCCUGGGUUUUCCCUGUAACCAGUUUGGAUAUCAGGAGAAUUGCUCCAAUGGUGAGAUCAUGAAUUGCCUGCAGCAUGUGCGUCCAGGUAGCGGCUUUCAGCCCAACUUUACCAUCUUUGAGAAGUGUGACGUCAACGGAACAAACACGCAUCCAGUCUUUGCAUAUCUUAAAGACAAGCUCCCCUAUCCCGAUGACGACCCCAGCUCCCUCAUGCAGGACCCCAAAUUUCUGAUCUGGAGUCCCAUCAACAGGACGGACGUCUCUUGGAACUUUGAGAAAUUCAUCGUCGGGCCAGAGGGAGAGCCCUUUAAAAGAUAUAGCAAAAAGUUCCCCACCAUUGAUAUAGAGCCUGACAUUCAAAGACUGUUAAGAUUAACCAAGAGCUAAGAAUAGCCUCUAUCUCCUAAUGACCUCACAUCCAUCACAGUCAAAGCAGAUAUGCUGUCCUCCACACUUUUAAGCCUUAUUAAAUGAGGGUGAUAUUCUGAAAAGCUCAGGGAAUAUUAUCUGAGGCCUUGUAAGUGCUUAAGAGUAGUGGAGAAGUAAAAUGAAUUUUACAGUACAUGUUUAAACAAAUGUGGGUAUACCGUCUUGAAAAGCAGCCUUUACUGUAGCUUGUCCUUUUGUUUCUUGUCUUAUGCUAGCCUGGCCAGUAGAUGGUGCUGCUGAUCUGAUCAUACAAACCUCUGUCAUGAUUUUAUGAAUUAACAUUCACCACACACGCUCACACUCACAAAAUGUUUGCACUGGA